AUGUCACAAGAGAUUAAUGCCAGUUGGUACAUGCGUCUCGUUGCCAUUUUUCUUUACAAAAUCAACACGAUACCGUGCCUUCGCCGUUUGCACGUACAAGUCCCAAAGGUGUAUUGCAGUUUCAAACACAAGGGCCGCGUGUUCAUACUCAUGGAGAGAAUCGCAGGUCAAGACUUGGCGCAAGGGUGGACACAAAGAUCAGAAGAGUCUAAGGCGCGCAUUUUGGCACAGCUGAAGACUAUAACAACAAAACUACGUAGCAUCACUCCUCAGAAUGGUAUAGGCGUCGCAAACGUAGAUGGAGGCCCCAUCUUCGAUCAACGUCUUCCUGAAAAAUCCUUCUGGGGCCCUUUUAUCACAAUACAGGACUUUCAUCGAGAAUUGCGUCACGGACUGGAACUCAGAGACGAUGAAGAAGCCUUCCCAGGUCUACGAGAACUCAUUGAAUUCCACAACAGUUCAAUGCAGAGACCGGUUUUCACUCAUGGCGACCUCAGUAGCUUCAAUAUCAUGGCGGUAUAUGACAAGGUUACUGGCAUCGUGGAUUGGGAGACAGCCGGAUGGAUGCCUCCGUACUGGGAGUAUACAUCAGUCUGGCAUGUAAAUCCACGCAAUGUGUUUUGGAAAGACGCCAUUGAUGAAUUUCUUGAACCUUUACCCUAUGAAUUGGAAAUGGAAAAAGAUACGUCGACAAUACUUUGGUGA